UUUAAAGGAGGCGUCAUGGUAUCCACUCUCGGGCUUCAGUGGACUGUGCCUGCUCUUGGAGCAUCCAGUGCUCGUUGUUCAGUUCCAAGUCGCAAUAGAGCCAUUGCCAUUUCUGACCGUCUCGUCCUAAUUUUUCUAAUCCAUCUUCUUAAGAUGCGCAUUGCAUUGGUCUACAUCCUUAUACUAGGCUUGUUUAAAUAUGUAGUGACUGAAGAAGGGUUUUGCUCUGCUCCCUCGGUUGUUGGCAUAGAAUCAAACCUGAGCCCUUUGUAUUUGAAAGUCGAUAAUCCAACUCUCUCUCCUAUGCAUCUUAAAGAUUUGCCUGGUUUCACUCGCAGCGUUUAUAAAAGAGAUCAUGCUUUAAUAUCACCAGAAAGCCAUGUAUAUGGCCCGUUACCUGAUUGGAUCAAUACAUCUGGGGCAUAUUUAAUUGCACCAGAGAUGGGCUCUCACUUUGUAAUGUACCUGGUGAAGUUGCAAGAGAAAUCGAAGUCAGGAUUACUCCUGAAUGAUGUGGAAAGAUUCAUUUUUGUGCUCCGGGGUGCAGUCACACUCACAACUGGUGCUUGCAGUCGUCACACACUGAAGAUGGAUACAUAUGCCUAUUUCCCUCCAAAUUAUAAUCAUACAAUUGAAUGUGAUGCCUCUGCAACAAUUGUGGUAUUUGAGCGAAGGUAUGCUUCUCUGGAAAACCAUGUCCCAGAGCUUAUUGUUAAUUCAACAGAUUUGCAGCCACUCCUUGAAACACCAGGCGAGGUUUUUGAGCUGCGGAAACUUCUUCCAUCAUCUUUGGCGUAUGACUUCAAUAUCCAUAUUAUGGAUUUUCAGCCUGGAGAAUUUCUCAAUGUGAAGGAGGUGCAUUAUAACCAGCAUGGUUUACUGCUAUUAGAAGGGCAAGGCAUUUAUCGUUUGGGUGAAAAUUGGUACCCAGUUCAAGCGGGUGAUGUCAUCUGGAUGGCCCCGUUUGUGCCACAAUGGUAUGCUGCCCUUGGAAAAACUCGCACGCGGUAUCUUCUGUACAAGGACGUGAACAGAAACCCAUUAUAAAUUAUGCUGAUGAAUGUCAGCUGUAUCAUACCUUGCUAUUUGCUUAAAAAUGCCGGGGUACAUGUUAAGAGUUCCAUGGUUCCUCUCAUGAUUAUUAAAAUGUUAUGAUCUUGAUUAAAUCAAAUAUAAGAUUCUGCCUUUUUGUGACUA